AAGUUUAGUGUGACUGACAGUAUCCAAGGCGGGGUAAAGGACUAAUAAGUGGCCGUCACAGGAAGUUAUGAAUGAUUUGGGAAACAUUAAAGAGACUUUGCCGGCAUAAUAAUUCAGAUUUUAAGAUCGAAGGGAGUGAAAGAGAGCGGAGUUCACUCAGAGCGGAAGUGAGAGGGCUGGUACUCUGGCAGGCGGAGUGAGACAGGCGAGUGUGGACUCUGCAGAGACGCAAAUUUACUGGUUCUGCCUUUUUAGGCCGUUGCCUUCCCUCCACAACAGUCAGUCAUGACUGAGUCCUGGAGAUGAGCAUUUCUAAAGUGUCUGUUUGAAAAGAUAUUGCAAAUCUUGAAGAAGGCUGCUGCAGUGCUGAGGAUGGAGCUUGGGGCCUGUGCAUGCUGGUCAAGUAUUCUACCACUGAGCUACACCCCUAGUCCCUAAGAAGGACUUUUAAAAUGGGAUCAGUGUCAUUCGAGGAUGUGUCUGUGGACUUCACCCAGGAAGAGUGGAAUCAACUGGACCCAACUCAGAGGAGCCUAUACAGAGAUGUGAUGCUAGAGAAUUAUAGCCAUCUUGUCUCUCUGGGGUAUCCUAUUACCAAACCAGAAGUGAUCACCUCUUUGGAACAAGGAAUGCUUGGUACCAUAAAGAGAGAAAUCUCGAGUUCAAGUUGCACAGAAGAUGGCCAAGCUGAAGACUACCUGGAGUGGCAUCAGAAAAACCAAGAUGUACACCUGGAGCAUGCUAUAUCCAUUAUUGAGAAAAAUGUGACUGAAGAAAGAAGCUAUGGAUUUGAUGAAUUAGUAAGCCCACUUCCUCAGAACACAUGGGUAGUUUCUUCAGGACCCACACCCUAUAUGAAUAAUUCAUUUGGGAAAAGUGUUAACGAUAAUUUAAGUUUACUCAAUCCUAGUAGUCUGAGCUUUACAACUCAGGAGUGUUAUGAAUGUAAUAGAUGUAGGAAAUUAUUAAUUCCUGGCAGACAGGAGAUAAAUGAUGGAAUGAAAUCCCAUGACCAUAAUAUGUAUGGUAAAGAUAAUAUUUAUAGCUUUGUUCAGCAUGACUUGACUCAACUUGGAGACAAAAGCUAUGAAUGUCCUGAGUGUAGAAUAACCCUCAGCCCAAGUUCAUUCCUUAUUGUUCAUCAGAUCACUCGCACAGGAGAAAAGCCUUAUGAAUGGGCAGGAUGCAGAGAAACAUUCAACAACACAACACACCUCAGUCUACAUCAAACAAUGCACACAGGAAACAAACUCUUUGAAUGUAAUGAAUGUGGCAAAUCCUUCAGAGAGGAAUCAACACUACAUAUACAUCAAAGAACACAUACAGGUGAAAAACCAUAUGUUUGCACCGAGUGUGGCAGUGCAUUCCAAGAAAAGACAAAUCUCAUCAUACACCGAAGAACACACAAAGGAGAGAAACCCUAUAAAUGUACAGAUUGUGAGAAAACCUUCAACCAAAAGGCACAUCUAAAUGUACAUCAGAGAACGCACACAGGAGAGAAACCCUUUGAAUGUACCGAUUGUGGCAAGUAUUUCAGAGAGAAAUCAACACUGAAUAUACAUCAAAGAACCCAUACAGGAGAGAAACCAUAUGUAUGCAAUGAGUGUGGCAAAGCCUUCCGAGAAAAGACAAAACUCAUUAUACAUCAGAGAACUCACACAGGAGAGAAACCAUAUGAAUGUUCAGAAUGUGGGAGAGCCUUCAACCAAAAGGCACACCUUAGUGUACAUCAAAGAACACACACAGGAGAGAAACCUUUUGAAUGCAAUGAAUGUGGCAAAGCUUUCAGAGAAAAAUCAACACUACGUAGACAUCAAAGAAUUCAUACAGGAGAAAAACCUUAUGUGUGUUCAGAAUGUGGAAGAGCCUUUACCCUUAAGCUGAGCCUCAGUGCUCAUCAGAGAAUUCAUACAGGGGAAAAAACAGAUGGAUGUAGUGUAUGUGGAAAAGUCUUCUCCCGAAAAUCAUACCUUAUGUUACAUCAGAGAGCUCAUACAAGAGAGAAAUUUGAAAAAUCCUAUGAAUGCAAUGAAUGUGAUAAAGCAUUCUUCCAGAAAUCAUAUCUCAUUAUUCAUCAGAGAGUCCACACAGGGGAAAAACCCUACGAGUGUAAUAUAUGUGAGAAAUCUUUCUCCCAGAAAUCAUAUCUCAUUAUUCAUCAAAGAACCCAUACAGGAGAGAAACCCUAUCAAUGUGAUAAGUGUAGCAGAGCCUUCAGAGAGAAGUCCAAACUCACUGUGCAUCAGAGAACGCACACAGGAGAAAAACCUUAUGACUGCUCUGAAUUGGAAAGAAACUUUCCAGAGGUCAAAGUUCAUCAUGGAUUAGAGAAUUUAGAGAUAAGAGAAAACAAAGAAUUGAAAAUGGAAAAUCUGUCAUAGUAAAGUCCAAGAAAAUGAAACUGUGCUGUAGUUAGGAUGCUUUUCUGCAGCUAUGUCAGUUGGGCUUAAAAUUUAGCACCAGCCAUAUUGAGAGAAGAUUAUUCUGGGUAAAAGGAAUAGGAAGACCCUCUUUCUUAAAGCAAAAAACUUGGUCUUUGUACUUUUACAUCAUGGAUCUAUUGAAUGAUCAUGUUCCAUCAAAGAGGUUGCUCAAUGCUGACAUUGUUUGAAGUCUUUGAAUGUAUGAAAACUGUCAGUUGGAAAACAAACCUCAUCAUAAAUGUGGACAUAAGUAUCAAAGGAAACUCGACUAAUUUCAAUAAACAUAUUUCCUCAGAAGUGAAAUAAGGGAAAUAGAUGUUUCCAAAUUCAUUAUCAAACUCAUAGAAAAAUAGACAAGCAUGUAUUAGAAAAGGUUGUUUACCAGACAAUUUUAAGUUAAAGAAUUAAAUAUUAACAUUAAAGGAAUAACAAAGAAGAUAUUAUAAAAUUCCAAAUUAUUAUAAUAGUCCAAACAAUGUAAAGAAGAUACCACUAGAAUAUCAAAUUCCAGCUUUAAGCCGUAAUAACAGUUGAUAAUGCCAGUAUUUUCACCCCAGCCUGAUCUGGGAGGACUAUAAACUUCCAAGAAGGACCAUAAGCUGCCUAAUAUACUUUAGAAGAACUUUUUUUACACAAAUUUAUCAGAGUUUAUUCCUACUGUUUUGAUGAAUGCCUACCACAUUUAGAAUUCUGUCAAUAGCCAGCAUGGUGGCACCCUUUAAGGACCCCCAUGAAGAUGUGAAAUUUGGUUAUCUAUACUGAUUGGGGAAAAAUAUAGGGGAAUUCCAGUUGACAUUAAGGAAGGGAUCUUGAACUCUCCUUGCCAUACAGAGACAGGUAGCAAUUUUUAAUAAUCAUUCCUGUUUAUUUUUAUGAACACUGAAAGCAAGGCAUUGUGUAGCUGAGUAGCCACCCCUGACCUUGGACUACAAAGGACAUAAGCAACUACUUCCUGAGAAUAGCUACUUCCAAUAGGACUGCCCAGGGAAAUGAGAGCAAGUGGGAAAUUCUUAACAGCUCUGUUCGAGACACAAACUGAAACCCAGGAUAUCUGUAAAAAGAAAUUAUUGAUUUGUGUAUGCAUUGAAUUCCUUGCCUAAAUUCCAAGUCUGUCAUUUGCAACUUUGGAUUUUGAUUAUGAAAGAGGUAAUGGGAGGUUGGGGCUUAGAGUGGUAGUAUUUGGGAAAAUGUGGAAAAUGUGAAUAUUUUCAAUUCUCAGUUCAAACUAUGUAAGCUGUAUUUAAUUUCAUUCUCCCCUGAAGAAACUGUAAAUGUCUUAAAUAAAGACCCUGUAAAUGACCUCAUCUGAAAAUGAUGCUUUUUAAGGUAAGAUAUCUUUCAUAUCCUUACACCCAACGCCUCUAUCCAAAUCUGCAACUGACCUUUUUUAAGCAGAGUCUCACUAUGUAGGCAUGUUGGCCUUAUGCAUGUGAUCUUUGAGUGCUGGUAUUAUAAGCAUAAACUAUCCCAUGCAGAUCUUUAAUGGAAUUUUUAUGUAAGCACUAUAUGUGUUUUCCAAAUAUCAGUUCAUUAAAUCCUCCAAAUAA